AUGGAUCUAACACCAAAUUCUCAUCUAGUCGACGAGAGCGCCGAAGACACGGCCAUUGUAGAGGACUCCUCUGCUGCCGGCCCUAGUAGUGCAUCUACUACCCCCUCAACUAACCCAGUGGUCGCUUCCUCGGGCAAUACCUUGGCUCAGCUCGCGAUUACCAACCACGCGAUCGCUGACUACCAGAAUCAACUUCGUCUACUGCAGGCUCAGAAUCUAAGGCGUUUAGCCGCCGCCGCCACCGCCCGGUUUAGGGCCGCCCAGGGACCCUUUCCCUUCUUCCAACUGCCGGCAGAGAUCCGCAAUAUGGUGUAUGGCGUCCUGCUCACUUCCGAAAACACGAUCGUGCCGCAUAACACCCUGCCCCCACCAAUCUUCCAUUACGAUGUCCAAGAUGCCCGUAGAGCUGCUGGUCCGCUCUAUGAUCCGCUCCCCACCCUGUUGCGCGUAUCUCGGGAGUUCUCUCGUGAGGCUGCGAUGGUUUUCUACACCACCAACACCUUUUAUUUGGAUCUGACGCAUCACAGACUUUGGCUGGUCAGGAUCGGCAGGCCCAACUCGUUCAUCAUCAGACACUUGAAGAUCAAGAAACGAACGGAAACCUGGAUUACAAAGCUCGUGAACAUGGGAAACACGAUCACCAAGCGGUGCCGGGGGUUGACAGAGCUGGAUUUACAGUUUAGGCGCCUGUGGAUCGAAACAGAAGAUGGCGUCGAAGAACUGCCCGCACGACAAUGUCUCCAAUUGUUUGUUGAAAACGAGGCCAUUAGGGCGGCUUGGAGAACAAACAGGUUGACAAGGCUCAAAAGGGUAACCAUUCUUAUCCGCGAGGAGUGCGAGCAUACCGAAUACCUGGUCGGACUUCUGAAGCAGUUGGCGGGCAACGUGAAGAAAGGGGUUGUCGUCGAGGCUAGGCAUGUCGCCACGGUAAACAGAUACAGGUUACCAGGUGCGUCGCCAACCGAGAAUCAAUUCACACUUGUAGACCAGGAGCGGAAGUUCUUCGAUGGGAGGUAUGACAGGGAAACAAGAACUGUGGUGACGCAGGUGUUCCCAUGGGAGAUACCAGUGGGUUGGCCCACCAUCUAUCGCCGCGUUCAUGAAUAGAAUUUUGUUGGGACUUUGGGGCAAUGGGUCUAUGGGCUAGGGAACUUCUCCCGCAAGCGCCAGCUUGGGGUUUGGAUGGCCAGCGGAAUCUGAAAAGCAGGCAAAUAGGGAAG